AUGGCUGAAGCUGAUAUUGCACUGAUUGGAUUGGCCGUCAUGGGCCAGAACUUAAUUUUGAACAUGAAUGAUCACGGCUUUGUGGUCUGUGCUUUUAACAGGACAGUCUCCAAAGUCGAUGAUUUCUUGGCCAAUGAGGCAAAGGGAACAAAAGUGGUUGGUGCUCACUCCUUGAAGGAGAUGGUCUCCAAGCUCAAGACACCUCGGAGGAUCAUACUUCUCGUGAAGGCGGGUCAAGCUGUUGACGAUUUCAUUGAAAAACUGGUGCCGUUGUUAGCUGCUGGUGACAUCAUCAUUGAUGGAGGGAAUUCUGAAUACAGGGAUACCACAAGAAGAUGUCGGGAUCUCAAAGCCAAGGGAAUCUUGUUUGUGGGGAGUGGAGUUAGUGGUGGAGAGGAUGGGGCCCGCUACGGCCCAUCACUCAUGCCUGGAGGGAACAAAGAAGCUUGGCCCCACAUCAAGACAAUCUUCCAAGGCAUUGCUGCAAAAGUGGGAACUGGAGAACCCUGCUGUGACUGGGUGGGAGAUGAGGGAGCUGGACACUUUGUGAAGAUGGUUCACAAUGGGAUCGAGUAUGGUGACAUGCAGCUCAUCUGUGAGGCUUAUCACCUGAUGAAAGACGUUCUGGCCAUGGAACAUGACGAGAUGGCAAAGGCAUUUGAGGAGUGGAAUAAGACAGAACUAGACUCCUUCCUGAUUGAAAUCACAGCCAAUAUCCUCAAGUUCCAAGAUACAGAUGGCAAACACCUGCUGCCGAAGAUCAGGGACAGUGCAGGGCAGAAGGGCACCGGGAAGUGGACAGCUAUCUCCGCCCUGGAGUACGGCGUUCCUGUCACCCUCAUUGGAGAGGCUGUCUUUGCUCGAUGCUUGUCAUCACUGAAGGAUGAGAGGAUACAAGCUAGCAAAAAGCUGACGGGUCCUCCAAAGGCCAAGUUUGGAGGAGAUAAGAAAGCAUUCCUGGAGGACAUUCGGAAGGCCCUCUAUGCUUCCAAGAUCAUCUCUUACGCUCAAGGCUUCAUGCUGCUACGACAGGCAGCCACUGAAUUUGGCUGGACCCUCAACUAUGGUGGCAUUGCGCUGAUGUGGAGAGGCGGCUGCAUCAUCAGAAGUGUAUUCCUGGGGAAGAUAAAGGAUGCAUUCGAUAGAAACCCAGACCUUCAGAAUCUACUGCUCGAUGAUUUCUUUAAGUCUGCUGUUGAAAACUGCCAGGACUCCUGGCGGCGGGCCAUCAGCACAGGCGUCCAGAUGGGCAUCCCCAUGCCCUGCUUCACCACUGCGCUUUCCUUCUACGACGGGUACAGACAUGAGCUGCUGCCGGCCAACCUAAUUCAGGCUCAGCGGGACUACUUUGGGGCUCACACCUAUGAACUCUUAGCCAAACCGGGACAGUUCAUUCACACUAAUUGGACAGGCCAUGGUGGCAACGUGUCGUCCUCUUCAUACAAUGCCUAACUAGACCGCAGCUGUUGUCCACCACAACUCCACAGCCAGGACAUUCCACCUGCCCACAACACUGCUUCCAUGGCCCCUUGCCCUACUUUCUGCUCAGAUUUUAUAAAACAAAGUGUCGUAAGAGACUCCUGAACAAUCGUAGACAGUUCAUCUGUAAGUAGUUCUGUGAGAACUGUCUUGCCCUUUGCCCUUGCCUCUUGGGACUGUCCAGGAACUGACCACGUGCAGGAUGGUGGGAAGCAGCUGUCUGCCGCGUGCCCUGUGUGGAGG